AUGAAGACCUAAUAAAUUGUAUAUUUUGGUUGUUAAGGUAUCUCUGAUGAUAAUCAUAUUGAAAUUGGAUUUUAAUUUGCUUAGUUGUUAAAUAUUGAUGAUGAUGAUUAUAUACAAAUAAAUACAGGUAAUUAUAUUUUUAGAAUAAAUUUAAGUCUCAAAUUGCAAUCAAUAUAAUGCUAUUACAAUAUAUGUUUAAAAAUGGUCAGAUUAUAUGAUAGUUUAACAUUAAAAGGAUUAAUUUGAAAAAGAUCUCCUUAAUAAUAUUUAAAUUGUUUAUAAUGAAUUAAAUUUUCCCAUAUUUUAUUAGGAAGGACAAUUUGUUACUUUUACUUUCAAAGAUUAAGAUAACAAUGGCCCCAUUGCUAUUAGUCCUACUUGUGAAAUUAAUAUUUUAAUUGAAGAAUCAUAAAAACCAGAAUAGAAAUUGGAUUUAAUUGAAUUAAUUGUGUUAUUUUCAGAUUAAGAUUAUUUUGAAUCAUUUAUAGAAAUAAAUUAAGAACUAUAUAACAAAAAUAAAUUGGAAAAAUUAUAUUAAAUAACAUAUUCAUCUUCAUUUCCAAAAUCAUAUAGAAAUUUUCAAAAAUAUGCAAAGAAUUUGAAAAAAAACAAAUAAAAAUAAAAUAUUCCUAAAACUGCUAUUGUUUAAUUCAAAUAUAAUACAUAAAUUAAUACAAAAUUUUGUUUUAUUUCCAAAUUUUAUGCUAAACAACUUGGAAUAAGAGAAGGAUAAGUAAUUUUAAUUAAUACACAAGAAUAUGACAUUACUAAGGAAUCAACAAUUAGAACAAUUAAAAGAAAUUAACUUAUUUUUCAAAAAAUAUAUUUUAAUUUCUAUACAGAUUUACCUUUAAAUAAGGAGUUUGUCAAAUAAUUGAUAUUAGAAAAAAUUGAAAAAAAUGAAUAGACUGUUCUAUAAAGUAAUGAAUGAUUAAAAUAUUAGGCAGAGUUCAUUUGAAUAAAGAGAAUCUUUAUUUUUUGAGAAUUGUCUAAUUAAUUGGUAAUCAACCAGAACAUUUCUUAUAAAUGUUAUCUAUUAUAAAUGAACAUAAUGAACUUAAAGUAAUAGGAGAAAAAGAGAAAGGAUUACUUAUAUAAUACUUAGAUGAACAUGUAAGAAUUCUAGGAUUUACAAGUCCAAUUUAAAAAGAAAUUAAAUUUAGUUAAUACUAAGGGAUCAAAAAGAAAGAAGAUAAAUAAUAAGAUUACAAAUUAUUUUAAUAAUUAUUUGAUGGAUCAAUUAAAUAAAUAGAAUCUAUUUUAGAUUAAUAAUCUUAUUCUUAAUGUUUGGUUAUUUGUAAAGAAAGUUAAGCUAUUUAAGUAUUAGUUUCCUAUUUAAAAACAAAAUUUGAAGUAAUUAAAUUAAAUUUAGACAAAUUGAAUCAACAAGGAUAAAAUGAAAAAUUAUAAAAUGGUAUUAUUUUGAUAUUUAAAAUAGUUAAAAAGUUUAUCAAACAUAUUUUCUGGUAAUCCAGAUAAGUGUCUUUAAAUGAUAUACUUAUAGUAAUAAAAGGAGUUGAAUCUAUUAAGAGUCUUGAUUUAAUUGAUUUUUAAUAAUCAUUCUAAAUACUAAUUUCUAAUGUAUAUUAUUAUUAUUAUUCAUUUAGAUUUUAAGUAAACUUAUAAGAAAUUAAAUUAUGGAAUAUCCAUUAGUUAAAUUAAUAGUAGUAUCACCAUCUAAAGAUUAUUUAAAUGUAAAUCUUUAAAGUAUUUUUAUAUCUUUAAAUUAGAAAAAUUUUAAAAGGAUUCAAUUAUUGAAUUUAAUAAACCAAAAUUAGAACAUAGAUAAAGAAUCUUUGAAUAAUGUUAUUAAUCUUAAGAGAUUAAAAAAUCAGCUGAAUUGUUAGCAUAAAGAUCUGAAAACUUCAAUUUUUCUUAAUUUCAUGCUUUAUAAAAUAGAGAAAAAUACUAAGAAGAAUUGAAUCAAUAAAUAUCAGAGGAAUGGAUUUUAUAAUAAAUUAAUGAUUUACAAGAUUAAUAAGUGUAAUUAAAUAAGAAAAUACCAACUUUUAAAGAAAUAGGGGGUCUGAAAGAAUAAAAGUAAAUAAUAUUAGAUCUAUUUGAUUUACCUAUGAAAUAUGAACAUUUAUUUGCAAAAUCUAAAAUUAAACUUCCAAAAAGUGUUUUAAUUUAUGGAAUGCCAGGUUGUGGCAAAACUUAUUUUAGUUUGAGUAUUUGUAAUGAAUUAAAAAUAAAUGUAUUAACAGUAAAGGGUCCUGAAUUAUUAGAUAAGUAUAUAGGUAUAUAAAUUAAUAAUAAUAUUAAGGAUCUUCUGAAUAAAACGUUAGAGAUCUCUUUUAAAAAGCUUAAUCUUUAUCUCCUUGCAUUAUAUUUUUAGAUGAAAUAGAUUCUGUUGUUCCUGUUAGAACAUCCUCACAUUCAGGAGUUACAGAUAGAGUUGUCAAUUAAUUUUUAUGCUAUUUAGAUGGAGUAGAGGAAGGAAUGAAAGGAGUAUACAUAGUAGCUGCUUCAAGUAGACCUGAUUUAAUUGAUCCAGCCAUUUUAAGACCAGGAAGAAUUGAUAAGCAUGUUAGAAUAGAUUUACCUAAUAAAGAUGAAAUUCUUUAAAUUUUGGAGAUUUAUUAAGGUCCUUUAGAAUUUGAUGGAAUUUCAGAAUAAGAAAUAGCUGAUUAAUUGUUUGGGUUAUCUUAAGCAGAUGUUGUCUCAUUUUUUAAAGAAGCCAGAAUAUAUUUAACUGAUAGAAUAGUUUAAUUAGAAGAUUUUAGUUUAAAAAGAAAGGUGUAAAAAAUAGAAGAUUUUAAAUUAACAAAGGAAUUAUUUAAAGAUAUUAUGAAGAGUAUGAAACCAAGUUUGAGUUAAAAAUAGAUAUUAUUCUAUAAAGAUGUUUAUAAUAGAUUCGAAAUGGGAGGUAUAAAAGAUAUGAGUAAUCAAAAAUAAGCAUUAUAGUGA